UGGGGAGUGUAUGUCUCGGUGUGUGGGAGAGAGUGUGGGGAGGAGUGAGUGGCACUCACUCUCACUGAUUGCAGUGACAGUGAGUUGUGUUAUGAAAGCAUUGAAACACUGAUGUGUUGAAUGUGUUGAUCGUCGGCCACGUCGUCACCACUCACUCCUUCACUCCUGCGAUCGGUUCCCAAAUACUGGCGAAACACACGCUUUCACAACACAUUUGUGUCGAGUUGUCGUCCGGAAGGCUGUGUCCAUAGAGUGAGUGUUUUUGUGUCCAAAACGAAGACAAUCAGUGGUUAGCGAUGAAUAUUUUCCGACUGACGGGUGAUUUGUCUCAUCUGUUGGCGAUUAUUGUGCUUUUGCUGAAGAUCUGGAAAACCCGUUCGUGCGCUGUAUUCAUCGGCGCUUCUGUGGCCACACUAUACCUAAUGUACAUGAAAUUCAAAGCCACUUACGAUCGAAAUCACGACACUUUCAGAAUUGAGUUCCUCCUGAUUCCGGUCACCCUUUUAGGUCUUUUAGUCAAUCACGAGUUCACACCACUCGAGGUGUUGUGGACGUUCUCCAUAUAUCUGGAAUCGGUUGCGAUUUUGCCGCAACUCUUCUUAGUGUCGAAGACGGGCGAAGCCGAGACCAUAACAUCUCAUUAUCUGAUGGCUUUAGGCUCUUAUCGGGCGCUGUAUCUGAUGAACUGGAUUUGGCGCUACUAUUUCGAGGGCUUCUACGACCUGAUCGCUAUUGUGGCCGGAAUUGUCCAAACGGUCCUCUACUGUGACUUCUUCUACCUCUACGUCACACGAGUCAUUCGGGGCCGCGCUCUGAGACUACCGGCAUAAGUAUAGAUGCGUUUGAAUGGCAAACACAAAGCGCUACAGCAAUACAUAUACCGAAAGACCAUAACUUAAAAAUCGCACUUUAAUUUCUAAAAUAUCUAUCGAUUGUUAUGACAAACAAAAAACAAUUAACUGUUCAAAAAGUGCCUCAAAAUGAUUGGCAUUUUACGACUUUUAGCUCAUUAUUAAUAAAUUUCUAUAUUUAUUUCGAUUUUAAACUAAAAAUCAAUUGUAUGUCAAGUUAUGGAUUCACACAAAAUACACCACUAAUUGUUUGCUACUAUUUUUUGUAUAUAAAAAUUACAUUUAAAUUAUAAAAAAAAUCAAAGUUUAGUUUUUAUUCC